CCGCCCAGCCUCCGAGGGUGCAGCUGCGUCUGGACACCCGGCCGGGGCCAAGAGGGAGCUGCCGGGGGUGGGGGGAGGCGCCGCGGGCACCGGGCGGGCAGGGCGGGGCAGGGCAGGGCAACCGCCUCCGCAAGUCCCACCUGGCCCACUAGGGCCUCUGCGCUCUGCCCGGGACGGCUGCGGACCGGGCGCUCGCGGGCCGGGGCUGUAUGGGGCUCCCGCGCGGGCCGUUCUUCUGGCUGCUGCUCCUGCUCGCGGCUGCCUGCUCGGGGCUCCUCUUUGCCCUGUACUUCUCGGCGGUGCAGCAGUACCCGGGGCCCGCGGCUGGAGCCAGGGACACCACACCAUUUCAAGCAUUCUUUCAACCCAAGGCAUCAAAUUCUUGGAUAAGAAAGGCCCAGGACUGCCGACACCUGCUUCGCCUGGCCAUUCAGCGGGACCCCCACUUCUGUGGCCUGUUCAAUCUCUCUAUUCCAGUGCUGCUGUGGGGGGACCUCUUCACCCCAGAGCUCUGGGACCGCCUGAGCCAACACAAAGCCCCGUAUGGCUGGCGGGGGCUCUCUCGCCAAGCCAUCGCCUCCACCCUGAGCCUUCUGAAUGGCUCAGAGAGCACCAAGCUAUUUGCCCGGCCCAGGGAGCCCCCUCCCAAGUGUAUCCGGUGUGCUGUGGUGGGCAACGGAGGCAUUCUGAAUGGGUCCCGUCAGGGUCCCAACAUCGAUGCCCAUGACUAUGUGUUCAGACUCAACGGAGCUGUGAUCAAAGGCUUCGAGCGCGAUGUGGGCACCAAGACUUCUUUCUACGGUUUCACUGUGAACACGAUGAAGAACUCCCUCAUCUCCUACAGGAGCCUGGGCUUCUCCUCCGUGCCACAAGGACAGGACCUGCAAUAUAUCUUCAUCCCCUCAGACAUCCGCGACUAUGUGAUGCUGAGAUCGGCCAUUCUGGGCGUGCCUGUCCCUGAGGGCCUAGAUAAAGGGGACAGGCCUCACACCUAUUUCGGACCAGAAGCCUCUGCCAGGAAAUUCAAGCUGCUGCAUCCGGACUUCAUCAGCUACCUGACAGAGAGGUUCUUGAAAUCCAAGUUGAUUAACACAAACUUUGGAGACCUAUAUAUGCCUAGUACCGGGGCUCUCAUGCUGCUGACAGCUUUGCACACUUGUGACCAGGUCAGUGCCUAUGGAUUCAUCACAAGCAACUACUGGAAAUUUUCUGACCACUACUUUGAACGGAAAAAGAAGCCAUUGAUAUUCUACGCAAACCAUGAUCUGUCCCUGGAAGCCGCCCUGUGGAGGGAUCUGCACCAGGCCGGCAUCCUUCGGCUCUAUCAGCGCUGACACCAAGAAGGCACUCGGGUGAAUUGACGAGAGGCCUGUUCAGUGCAGGACACCCCAACUUGUCCUUGGCUCAUCCAAGGAAACUCCUCUAUGCAUCUAAAACAAUACAUCUCAAUUUUGGCCAAGGGAAGACAGACUGUUUUGCUGGAUUUGCACCAAGCAACUUUAGGAAAUGUCAGUGGAGUGCUCACCAAGAUCAAACAGCAGUCCAGGCAAGAAGCAAAGCCACCUGCUGCAGCUCAAAUCCUCUGGGGGGCAUCCUACUGGAGGCUAAAGUGAUUCAGGGACUCCAGAACACCUCUUAAGAGCCUUUCUGAGAACAUGCUAGACUUACCUCUGCUCCAUAAUAAAGUGGGAGAACAAAAGGCAGAAUGUAACUGGAGACUAGGUAACUGUGUACACAAUGGAUCACCAUUUUGUCUUUUUUUUUUUGGCUGGGUAGAUAAAUCAUAUAAAAUGCAGGGUGUUUUAAUAUGGAGAUCACUCAAAAUUCAAGAACACUGGAGGGGUCUGGCACUUGAUGGGGGUUAGUUGCUUGGCAGCCUGCCUGCCACUGAGGGAAGCCCCAUUAGAAACAUUA